AUGUCGUUUCGACCGCCGGCGAGUCCGGUACCUGUUGGCUUCUACUCACGAUCAACACCAAAUCUUCCAACUUUGGGGUCACUGACCACAAACGACCGAGAAAAUGAAUGCGACGCGACACCAUCAACCUUGACCUCACCCUCAGAGGCAGCAUCGAUCGAGGACUUUUCUCUGGAUGCUCCUGCCUCUAUCGACUCGGGCAGCGAAGACGAAGAUGGCGAUUCAAUGCCUUCGCCACGACAACCCAUGUACCAACACAAACAGUCGCAAUCGCAUACAUAUCUGGGUCCUGCAACCUUUGCGCCGCCAUUCUACAAUCGUCCUCCUACACCUUUACCACCCAGUCCGUCGUUGACGAGUUUACUGCGACCGACAUUCAGUACACAUGCUUCGAGACACACCACACCCGACCCCAGCAGCGACGAAGGAACCUCCCAAACCCCCAAUUCUGCGGCUGCAACAACGCUUACCACCUCUUUCCGCACUGCAAAACCCAUCCCGCGUGCUUCGCCCAAGGUGCCUACCUACGAGUACUAUGGCUUUACAUUGUACCUAACUUCCNNCUCGCUCGGGUUUGCAAUCUACCUGCUUUGGAGCUAUUUGCCUUCGCCAUUCUUGCAUCAAUUAGGGAUAUACUAUUACCCCAAUCGCUGGUGGAGUCUGGCGAUUCCGGCUUGGUUGGUAAUGCUGGUUGUGUGGAUAUACGUCGCGUUGGCAUCCUACAACACAGGCUACUUGACUUUGAAGAUGCAUGCAGUAGAGUGUUUGGUGGACGAUGCUGCAAACAUAGCCGUGGUAGACGGCAAAGGAAACAUUAUCCGAAAAGACGACGAGGGCAGGUGGAAGUCCCAUCGCAGAGACAACAGUGCAGGAAGAAACAUGCCUCCAAAGGAUUUACAAUGGGAUACAUUAUGGAAUGAAGGCACGGAUGCCGUUAUGGAUGUGCCUAUUGGAGGUGUUUGUGAGAUUCUCUAUAGCAGACCUGAUGACGAUGAUGACGAUACGAUGUUAUGA